AUGGCAUCUGGGACAGCCACCGCAACAGCAGCAGUGGGUGGCCAAGUGUCAAUUUCAUCUGGCAAUGGUGGCGCUGGUGGAGGAGCCAUCGUGGUCCAAGCUGGCACUAGCAGCGGCGGAACGGGUGGGUCUAUUUCCCUCUCAAGUGGCACUAGUUCAUCAUCCGCAGCAAGUGGAGAUGUUACUAUUGCGUCUGCUACCAAGACAGUGCCUGGUGCAAGUGGCGCUCUCUGGGUACAGACGGGAACAGCUACGUCCGGAAACAGCGGAGCUAUCUCGAUCAGGUCGGGAGCCACUUUCAGCGGGACGGCCGGAGCGAUAUCCGUAUCCGUUGGCGCUGGUACGACUGGUGUUGGUGGAGGCUUGGACCUCUCUGCUGGUCAGAGCACAGGCGGAACUGGUGGUGAUGCUACUAUGACCGCAGGAGGAGGAGCGAUUGGAGGCAAGGCAACACUCACUGGCGGCUCCGGUUCGACAGGUAACGGUGGUGACGUUGUGAUCACUAGCGGUUCGAGUACGAGCAGCUCCAGUGGGCUACUUGAAAUUGUGUCAGCCACCGGUGGGACUGGCGGUAGUGGAGAUGUUUCCUUGGGCUCUGGAACAGCGUCUGGGCCCACGGGAGAUUUGACAUUGUCCACGGGCAUAUCGACGAAUGGACUUGCUGGCAGUAUGACACUGUCAGUUGGACCCGGCAAGGCCAGUUUAGGCGGAAGCUGGACAGCCUCAGCAGGAUCGACUACAGCUGGGAUCGGUGGGACUGCUUCACUCAGUGGUGGAGGAGGAAGCACAUCUGGCGGCAGUGUUAACAUCAAUGGCGGCAGUGGAAGUACCUCUGGCGGCUGCGUUAAUAUCAACGGCGGCGGUGGAACCUCAGCAAACGGAGGCGAUGUUAUGCUAACGAGUGGCCAGAGCACUGGUGCAGCAGGAGGCGCCAUAUCGCUGACGACUAGCACAGGCGCUUCGGGGGCUUCAAGUGGUUCGAUUACAUUGUCCACUGGCACAUCGACUAGUGCCAAUAGCGGCGGCAUCACGCUGAGUACCGGUGGCGCCAUCGUAGGCGGAGUGGGAGGACCAGUUGCCUUGUCGGUUGGAGGAGGAAACACUGGCAACGGCGGAGCUGUAUCAAUAGCGGCUGGUCCAACCACUGCGGCGUCUGGCAUUGGUGGCUCGGUCGAUCUGACGGCUGGCGCCGGUACGUCCGGCACAGGCGGCUCCGUGUAUGCUUAUAUCGGUGCAGGAUCGACGGCAGUGAAUGAUGGCGGAUUUUACGUGAAGAAGGCCACUGCAGGUGCAGCGGACAUUCUCAAGGUUACGAGCACUCAGCUUACGGGCAGUAGUUCUGCUGUGGCCUUCAGCUCCACAACGUCUACGAUUAGUCUGACCUCGGCAUCGGCAGUCGUAAUUACCGCCGGAACGGCGACGACUGUUUCGGGCGGUCUGCUUCAUGUGGACUCGCACGACUUCCGCGUGUCCAAGGACGCAUCGACAGACGUUUUGUAUGUGGACGUGACAGGAAGCGUCGUGAAAGCCCUCGCGAUGAAUGUCCUCGGACAACUCACGAUGAGUGCUGCGCAGGCUGCGAUCGUCCACUCACAAACCGGGUCGUCGAACGUACUGACGCUUUCGUCGCCCAAUCUGAAGUUGACUGGUGGUGAUGUCAUUUUCGAUGGUAGCGUUACUACAACCGUUCCAACGGGAGGCGGUACGUGCACCACUGGAACGCUUCGGUAUGAUACGAAUGCGAUCUACUUCUGUGGAGGCGGAGCGGUGUGGAAGAAAAUCGACUUGACGACGUACUAA